AUGGUGCAGCAUUUUAAAGUGACAAUAUUUGGGGACCGUAGACCAGUUUAUGAUGGGAAGCGAAGCCUUUAUACAGCCAAUCCACUCCCUGUAGCAACCACUGGGGUAGAUUUGGAUGUAACAUUACCAGGAGAAGGUGGAAAAGAUCGUCCCUUCAAGGUGUCAAUAAAGUUUGUUUCUCGGGUGAGCUGGCACUUGCUGCAUGAAGUUUUGACAGGAAGAACCUUGCCUGAGCCUCUGGAACUAGACAAACCAAUCAGCACUAACCCUGUUCAUGCUGUCGAUGUGGUGCUACGACACCUACCCUCCAUGAAGUAUACCCCUGUGGGCCGCUCCUUUUUCUCAGCUCCAGAGGGCUAUGAUCACCCUUUGGGAGGGGGCAGGGAAGUAUGGUUUGGAUUCCAUCAGUCUGUUCGGCCUGCCAUGUGGAAAAUGAUGCUUAAUAUUGAUGUUUCUGCCACUGCCUUCUACAAAGCACAACCUGUAAUUCAGUUCAUGUGUGAAGUUCUCGACAUUCAUAACAUUGAUGAACAACCGAGACCUCUGACUGAUUCUCAUCGGGUAAAAUUCACCAAAGAGAUAAAGGGUCUGAAGGUUGAAGUGACUCACUGUGGAACAAUGAGACGGAAAUACCGUGUUUGUAAUGUAACAAGGAGACCUGCCAGUCAUCAAACCUUCCCUUUACAGUUAGAAAACGGCCAGACAGUUGAGAGAACAGUAGCACAGUACUUCAGAGAGAAGUAUAACCUCCAGCUGAAAUAUCCUCAUCUUCCUUGUCUACAAGUGGGACAGGAGCAGAAACAUACCUACCUGCCUCUAGAAGUAUGUAACAUUGUGGCAGGCCAGCGAUGUAUCAAGAAGCUAACAGACAAUCAGACAUCAACUAUGAUAAAAGCAACAGCAAGAUCUGCCCCAGAUAGACAAGAGGAAAUUAGCAGAUUGGUAAGAAGUGCAAAUUAUGAUGCAGAUCCAUUUGUUCAAGAGUUUCAGUUUAAAGUUCGGGAUGAGAUGGCCCAUGUGACUGGGCGUGUGCUUCCAGCUCCAAUGUUGCAGUAUGGAGGACGGAAUCGAACAGUGGCAACCCCAAGCCAUGGCGUAUGGGAUAUGCGAGGGAAACAGUUUCACACUGGUGUUGAGAUCAAAAUGUGGGCCAUAGCUUGCUUUGCAACGCAGAGACAAUGCAGAGAAGAAAUACUGAAGGGUUUUACAGAUCAGCUGCGCAAGAUUUCGAAGGAUGCAGGGAUGCCCAUCCAAGGCCAGCCAUGUUUUUGCAAAUAUGCACAGGGUGCAGACAGCGUGGAGCCGAUGUUCCGACACCUUAAAAACACCUAUUCAGGACUCCAGCUCAUCAUUGUCAUCCUGCCAGGGAAAACACCUGUGUAUGCGGAGGUGAAACGUGUGGGAGAUACGCUGUUGGGGAUGGCCACGCAGUGCGUUCAAGUCAAGAAUGUCAUAAAAACAUCUCCUCAGACUCUCUCAAACCUGUGCCUAAAGAUUAAUGUUAAAUUAGGAGGAAUCAACAACAUUCUUGUACCUCAUCAACGACCUUCUGUGUUUCAACAACCAGUGAUCUUCUUGGGAGCAGAUGUCACUCAUCCGCCUGCUGGGGAUGGAAAGAAGCCUUCCAUUGCUGCUGUUGUAGGUAGUAUGGAUGCUCAUCCAAGCAGGUAUUGUGCCACAGUGAGAGUUCAAAGGCCUCGGCAGGAGAUUAUCCAAGAUUUGGCCUCCAUGGUAAGAGAACUUCUCAUCCAGUUCUACAAGUCAACGCGAUUCAAACCCACACGUAUCAUCUUCUACAGGGAUGGAGUUUCUGAAGGACAGUUUCGACAGGUGUUGUAUUAUGAGCUGCUAGCAAUUAGAGAGGCCUGCAUCAGUCUGGAGAAAGAUUACCAGCCAGGAAUAACCUACAUCGUAGUACAGAAACGACACCACACACGAUUGUUCUGUGCGGACAGAACUGAAAGGGUUGGAAGAAGUGGCAACAUUCCAGCUGGAACAACUGUAGAUACAGAUAUUACACACCCAUACGAGUUUGAUUUUUACCUCUGUAGCCAUGCUGGAAUACAGGGUACCAGCCGUCCCUCACACUAUCAUGUUUUGUGGGAUGAUAACUGUUUUACUGCAGAUGAACUUCAGCUGCUGACUUACCAGCUAUGCCACACAUAUGUGCGUUGCACACGAUCUGUUUCUAUACCUGCACCAGCGUAUUAUGCUCACCUGGUAGCAUUCAGAGCACGAUACCAUCUUGUGGACAAAGAACAUGACAGUGCUGAAGGAAGCCAUGUUUCAGGACAAAGCAAUGGGAGAGACCCACAGGCCCUUGCUAAGGCUGUACAGAUUCACCAAGACACCUUACGCACCAUGUACUUCGCUUAA